CAGUCAUCGUCGCGUGUCUGUAGCGCGCGAGCCGCCGCCGCCACUGUGCGAUCCCGCGGGCUGAGCUGCCGCUCGUGUAGCCGCUCUGGUGACAAACACUGCCGUUGCCCAUGAAUGAGAGAAACAAUCGGACUCCUUUCAGAUCCGGCCCGCGACCUUUGAGUGGGCCACGGAGAGCUUCAGAGGGGAGGAGGAGAUUAUCUCACUACGGCUCACUCUGACGUCAAUGUAGUUUUUUUUAUUGUCGUGGAUUGGUUUGUUCAAGCGAUCCGGCGGAGCAUCCAUCGGCCGGGUUUUUUGUUUCGGGAACGUUCACCCGGCUCGGCUUCUUCAUGCCCGCCAUGAGCGUACCUGCACCGCAGAAGCCCAGCGCCAAACGAACCGGCAAACGCAUCACGUUUUUCAGCGACCAGAGCGCAGCGAUGAAGGAGACGUCGUCUCAACACCCCGAGGGGUCCUACUACGCCCCGGGCGGCCCCGCCUCGGACCCCGGACAGAGCGAGGCCGCGAGUACCGUGACCUCCAACCCGGAAGCCCCUCACAUGUACAUGAACUCCGUCAUCUUCAGCCCAGACAAGGGCGACCAGAACCGGGGUCAUUAUCAGCAGACCGUGCCGAUGAAGUGGGCCCACCAGGAGCCCGCUCAGCCGCCGCCGCCACCGCCACCGCCGCCGCCAUCUCUGUCCCAGCAGCAGAGAGCCGCCAACUGGAAUACCGCGUCGAGCUGGGGGCAGAACUUUGCCAAUUACGUCGGGGGAGUCAACGCAACGGACUCGAGGACCCAGAGCGCGUACGCCAAGUCGAUGCACGAGACUUCUGGCUUGCAGCCGCAUCAACAGCCGCCGAUCAGAGCGGCGGACAAGCAACCGUUGGGGGCGAAUGCAGCGAAGGCUCGGGGACUGGAGUGGGAGCAGCAGCAGCAGCAGCAGUCGUCUCAGGCCUUUCAGGAGACCUUGAAGCCCGGGGCCCUGAACACCCAGCAGCACAGCACCUCCCACCCGGGAGGAAGCUCGGUGUUGCAGCCCUUCCAGUUGGCCUUCGGGCAGCCCAAGCAGCACCUGCCGGCUUACUACCAGGCCUUUCAAGGCAACCGGACGACCCUACCGAACCCACCCAACUACCCGACGCAGGUGAAACCCCCAUCACACCAGGUGCAGCAGCAACAGCAGCAACAACAACAACAACAUCACAUACUCCAUCAACAAAUUCAGCAGCAGCACCAUCAACAAUUGCAGCAGCAACAGAUCAUUCAGCAGCAGCAGCUUCAGCAGCAGCACGAGCAGCAGCAACAAAAGAUCCAGCAGCAGCUUCAGAUUCAGCAGCAAAUGCAACAUCAGCAGUUGCAACAACAAGACCCUCACGCGCUCGACUACUACCCCGGCGCACAGAAUGCACACCCGCAUCCACCGCCCGUGGACUCCUCAGCCCUAGCUCCCCCGAACCUCCAGGAAGCGAUCACCCAGGACAUCACCCCGGAUCCCCGGCAGCCUUCGGACCUGCCGCCGCCCGUCCUCCAGCCCGAGGUCCCGUCCCACCCCCGACCCCAAACCCAAGCGCAGCGUCGCAGGUCGCGCCGGCUCUCGAGGGAAGGCGGCGCGCCGUCGGACAACCCGUUCCUCGCCGUCUCCCCGGAGCAGGGUCCCCCGGCGCCGGGACAGGGCUCCCAGAACGGGGCCCGGGACGCUCAGGCCGCGCCGACGGCCGUCAUCCAGAGCACGCGGCGGAAACGCAGGGUGUCCCAGGAGGUCAACCUGGAGACUCUCGCUCAAAAGGCCUCGGAAAUGGAGUCUCUUCCGCCGCAUGUAGUGAAGGAGCCCCGCAGGCCGUGGAGUCCCGCCGAAGCCGGGCGCCUGAACGCCAAGCGGCCCCGAGACGACAGCCUGCUGCCGCUCGUCAUCCCCGUGUCGGUGCCGGUGCGACCGCAGGAACCCGGCUGCUCGCCGGACCACCGGGACGAGGACGCCCUGGCCUCCGACUGGCCCCCCGGGCCCUCGCAGCACCAGGACCCCGGCCGCGGCGACCACAAGCCCUCGGUCAUCGUCACCCGCAGGCGCUCGCUCAGGAACCCCUUGUCGGAGAGCUCGGAGCAGAAUGGACGAACCGAAGGGGAGAAGGACGACGAGGGCAAAAAGUCCAAGCGGCGUCCGCGGCCAGAGCCCCUCUUCAUCCCGCCGCCCAAGCCCGGUUUCUUCGCCGCCCCGCCCGUCUACUGCAGCAUGACGCCCUACCAGAGCCACCUGCGGUCGCCCGUCCGCCUCGCCGAACACCCGCUCUCGUCCUGUCUCAUCCCCCCCUACACGCCGCCGCCGAUCCUCAGCCCCGUCCGUGAGGGCUCCGGCCUCUACUUUUCCACUUUCCUGUCCUCCGCCGCUGCCGCGUCCGCUGCCACCGCUAUCCAGGGCGUCCAGGGCCUGCAGGGCCUGCCGCCUCCUGUGACGCCCAAGUCGGCAACACGCAGCCUGUUGCGCUCCAACAGCUGUGACAUCACACCGCCAGUUCUGUCUGCUAUGAGCGAGGCCACUCCGGUCAGCAUAGAGCCACGGAUAAAUAUUGGGUCGCGGUACCAGGCGGAGGUGCCGGAGCUGAGGCAGCGGGCCGCCGUGGAGCUGGAUCCCCAUCGGGCGGCACUGGUCUGGGCUCCACUGAGCGGGCUGGAGGACAAAGCCGACUUCCAACAGAGAGUGGAAGACCUCAUGCACCUGGCCUGCUCCAGUGUCCUGCGCGGAGGAGGCACCAACCAGGAGCUGGCCCACCACUGUCUGUACGAGUGCAGAGGGGAGAUCAUGGCCGCUCUCUCCCUCCUGAUGCUGAGGAAUCCACUGUUCCCCAAGUCUCACAGUCUGACAGGCUACCACUACUCAGGAUCAGACAGCUGGACCACGGCUGAGCGAUGCCAGUUCAACAAAGGCAUCACUGCACACAAGAAGGACUUCUUCCUGGUGCAGAAGCAGGUGAUCACUAAGUCAGUGGCGCAGUGUGUGGAGUUUUACUACACGUACAAGAAGCACGUCAAGAUGGGCCGCAGCGGGAUGCUGAUCUACGGCGAGGUGGAGCCCCUUCAGACCAAGACCACCGAGGAGGAGACGGACCACAAGCAGGGUUACCACCGGACGGAGCCGCAGAGGGAGGACGACAGCAGGAAGUGGGAAGGGUCAGCUGACGGGAAACAGGAAGUCGGCCCCGCCAGGGCGGCGGCGACGACGACGACGAUGACGAUGAUGAUGCACGCGCCGCUGCAGCCCGCUGAGAAUACGGGGACCGUCCCGCUCAUGAAAGGCCAGGAGGACAUUGCGAGGGAUCAGCUGCUGCUGUCCCGGGUCGUCCAUCUCCCCCAGCUGCCGCCGCCGCCGCCGCCACACCCCCCCGCCUCCAAAUCCCGCUACGACGGCAACGCACGCAAAACCAGCCCGGCGGCGGCGGCGGCCAUCAAAGCGCCGGCUGGCCAGGAGGGCGAGUUCCCCUGCAAGAAAUGCGGCAGGAUUUUCUCCAAGGUGAAGAGCCGCAGCGCCCACAUGAAGAGCCACGCCGAGCAGGAGAAGAAGGCGGCGGCGCUGCGUCAGAAGGAGGCGGAGGAGCGAGCGAUGGCGGCGGCGUUGGCGGCGGAGGAGGAGGCGGCGGCGGCGGCCCUCGCCGCGCGGCCGCCCAACGGCACGAGGCCGCUCGACGGCGACAGCACCAACGACGGCGACAGCACCAACGACGGCGACAGCUCCAACGACGACUCGUCGGGCGGGGAGGACGACGACGACGACUGGCAGUGAGAGGAAGGGCCACGCCCCCUUAAGCCACGCCCCCUCCCUCACUCCUGUGAACCGUUUGGACAUUUUUUGUGAAACAAAGAGACUUCCGUUGCUUGGCACAUUCAGGGACAGAUUUACUCCUGUGUGUGUGUGAAUGCGUUGACUGUGUGUGUGUGUGUGUGUGUGUGUGUGUGUGCGUGUGCUUUUCCAAACGCCUCCCUUUACUCUGCAAGCGUUACCUCCCUUGGUCACAGAGCUCGCUCAAAUUAAAGCCAUGCCGCCUCUCGGCGCUCUCCUGCUCUCUCUCUCUCUCUUUCUCUCUCUCUCUCUCUCUGCCGUUGGCUCCUCCCCUCUCGGGCUGGUGGAGCGAUGGCGUGUACAAACUGUUGCCUUUUGUGUUUCGACGCUCUUCUGCAUUCAAGGCUGCCAAAAGCUUUCUCAGACGCAUGAUGUGCACCAAAUGAAUCCCCCCCCCCCCCCAACACACACACACACUCUUCCUCUGUGGGUGUUGUUCCUCUGGGCUUUAGUUCUGUGAAUCCCCCCUCGGCCCUCGGCACUUUUUUCUAAGUUCCCAGUUUGAUCCUCACUGUUGAUGCCUUUGAUGUGUUGAUGCUUUUUAUCUUGAAAUGACAAUCAAAUUUUACACUGUUGCUUUUUUGUUAUUAUUAUUAUUAUUAUUAUUAUAAAUACAUAGACCGUUAAAGGUUACUUUUAUUUCCUGUGUCGCUAUAUAAUAGUUAUUGUUGUUUUUUGUGAAUAUUCUUGUUGAUGAUGAUUAUUAUUAUUAAUAUUAUUAUUAUAUCUUCCUGGUAUUGGCUGCAAUUUAAUUGAGCGCUUCUCCCUACUUGUCCAUAUCUUUAGUUUAUUUCCUUUUUUUUCUUUCUUUUUUUUCUACUUAAACAGAAAAACAAAAAAAUAAUGCUACUCGCUGCCUGUUUUAUAACUGAGAUAUUUUUGGAGAGAAACCGGAAAUGAAGAAAAGGAAGACGCGUAUGUGCAAUAGAACAAUUUGACCCCCUGUUACCCCCCCCCCCCAUAUAUAUGUACUGAAAACCAGAUUUUGCAGGUUUCAACAGGAGAGAAAAAAUACUAAAUAUUUAAAAACCAGAUGUCAAAUGUCACUUAAUUCUUAACCUAAAUUAAGAGAAACCAAAGUUUUCUUUACUGUAAACCAACUCAACAUCUCCAAUGUUUCUACUGCAGGAUUUUGAAGACAAGACAUUUUUGUUAAAUGCUCCUUUAGACAUUUCUUUCACUUUUUCACAAACUUUAAAUAAACCAGUAAAUGAUUUACUGUCGACAAACUCCCAUUAAGAGAGAAAUAAUGUUUUCUUUCUGCAAACCAUACUUGACUUAUCAUUUUGCAGGUUUUUACAGGUGACCCUGAGUGCUGUUAGGAGACAUAGCUUCUUAUUUAUUCCCAGUUUGCUGAUAUUUGUUGACUCUAAAUUGCAAGAAAUUUGAUGCCAGAACAUUUUGGGGGGCGUGGACUCUCAAACUUGUUGAAACCGGCACUAUGUGGGUCAGCAUUUUGCUCAAGGGCAGCCUGACGAGGCACACGCACAGAAAGACACUGAGCACAGAUAGUAGACUUUAUUUAUGUUGACGACCUGUUUUAAUCCCUAUGUCUCUAUGUUGAGCCCCUUCUGCCACGGAGCCAGCCUCUGUUGCCGUAGCAACAAAUGAGUUAAUGGGUCAUUUUCCUUUUUUUCUUUUUUUUUAAGGGACAAACCACAGUGGGGAAGUUGGGAGGGGAAGAAACGGCUCCGAUUACUCAAGUUAAAACAGGGGUCUAUGCACAGACUGUGUGUGAGUGUGUGUGCAUGUGUGUGUGUGUGUGUGUGAGAGAGGUCAAAAACUGUAUGCCAGUGAAUUAGAGGGGGGGAUAACUAGUUUUUCCAGAGUGUUCAAUUUUGGUAUGUUAAUUUAUAUUUCCUUUUUAUUUGGGCUUGUUCUCUCCGGGGGAGGGACGUUGUUGCCACAAACAUAAAAAAUAAAAAAGCUAUUUAUAAAAAUAAUUUACAAAAAAGCCCGAAGUAUGGAUGAAAUUGAGGCUGUGGACAUUAACCGCACAGCUGUAAACUUUCCCUCAUUUCAUCCAGUCGGCUAAGGGAAUUUUAAGGGGACACAAAUGUUUAUUUAGCUAAUAAAAUUAGAAAGAUAUAUAUGAAUGAAAUUCUACGUUUGCAUACUUUCUUAUGCUAUUUUCAUAUAUGGGGUUCACACUGAGGAAAAAGGAAUUUAAGUGCUUUUUACUACAGUGUAACUUAUUUGUUUCGAUUUGAUUUUUACCACCUGUGUUUUUAGUAAUGAUUUACAAAGCACUGUAUAUUAAAGUUUUAAAAUAUU